AUGAGAGACCUCAACAAGGAUAUUGACGACAACAACGACGAGGACAACAACGAGGACAACGACGAGGACAACGACGAGGAGGACAAUGACGAAGACAACGACGACAACAACGACGAGGACAAUGACGAGGACAGUGACGAAGAGGACAAUGAGGAGAACAAUGACGAGGACAACAACGAGGACAACGACGAAGAGGAAGACGGUGACGAGAAGGAGGAAGAGGAUGACAAUGAGGAUAACUUGCAGGGUGACGACGAGGACAACAAGAACGACGACGACGAGAACGGCGGUAAGAGAACGACGAGAGACGAAGAUGACGACGCGAAGGACGGCGUUAACGACGUGGACGUGGAGGAGGACGACAUGGACGACAUAAACGACAUGGACGACGUGGACAACGUGGACGACGACAACCAUAGACACGUGGACGUGGAAGAGGACGUGGGCGACGACGAGGACGGCAGUGACGACGAAGAAAGG